AUGCAAAUCUUUCAUCUCUCAUCCUCUUCACAGGGUCAUCUCUUACCUUUGGAUUCAAUGAUGAGUGCAAUCGGAAAUCACCUCAAUACGACAGAAACAAUUAGUAGUUCCCUCUCCCGACAAGAGGAAAACAAUAAACAACUCAUUGAAAUUAUCAACAAUUUAAAACGAGAAUUGGAAUUGCUGAACGAGCAACAUCAAGCAAGCAAAAGUGAAAUGCAUAUUUUGAAAAAGGAAAACGAACGUUUGCGAAAAGAAAUCAAAGCACUAAAACUGGAGAGCAUACAAAACAAAUUUGUGAAAGAACGAAAUGAAAUUGACCGAGUUCUGUGA